AUGUCUUGUUUAUCGCUGCUCCGAUACUCUUCCCACGGUUUCUCUCCGUCUCUCACUGCGUACCCAACCGCGGACGGCAUUGUGCAAGGUGGUUGGGUCACUCCUUCACCCUUACUCACAAUGUCGGGCAUAAUUACAACACCGGUAUACAUCCUUUUCACCAGAGCCGACCUUACCCCGUCAGAGACGAUCUUGUCCCCCAUAGGCAUCCUCCCAGCGGAGCUCCUCAUCGAGAUAUUCUCCCACUGCGUUGCAAACGAACCCACCACCCCUCCGACCCUCCGGCAAGUCUCAUGGCGGUGGAAGAACUUAGUCGACAGCUCCCCACGGUUGUGGCAAACAAUUGUACUCGACAACGCGGACACCAAUACGAGGUUCUCCGAACACCAAGUAGCGUUGUGGAUGGAAAGGUCGAAACCGCUGAAAUACGACGUUGAACUCAAUGUUGACAACCCAGACUACAUCCUUCCUCUCCUUUCGCCACUACUGUCGUCCAUCAACCGUUGGCGGGCAUUCCGUCUCAGUGGCAAGCGCGACGAAGAAAUCCCUAUGGCGUCGUUGGAACUUACCCCCGAUUCCCUUACCCACCUACAUCUAUGCUUGCACGACUUCGAUCAAGACGAUUUUGACGACGACGAACCUCGGAUCACAUUCUCACCUAUUAACCCUGGCCAAUGCACCAACUUUGCCUUGAAUAUAUAG